CUGAACUGAUGAAAAAAACCCUGUACAGUGCCAACAUUAGAUCCGCCUCCUGUCCACUCAUUCAGAAGCUAGGGAAGUCGAAAUGUUUGUAUAACCACGAAUACGUCGUCUGCCGUUAUGCACAGAAGCGCAUCCUCGAUGUCUCGCUGGCUACAUGUUUUGCCCAUUGCAGUGUGGACGUCCGUUGCAUAGGUUUCCGGCGUGACGGGAAUGCAGAUCAUUGUUAUUUCGCAAAGCACCACUGCAUCACUGCACAACUUACACAUAGAGGAAACAAGAACUUUAACUUGUAUAUGAAAACUGAUAACCAAUGUAGUUUGUCGCCACUUCCGGUUUGCGAUUUCCAACCAACUCCUGGCGUUCACUGUGACGGCUACAACAUCAAGACGAACUCGGGUGUCACUCUUGAGUUCUGCCAAACAGAAUGCACCAACCGUAUCUACUGUCUUAGCUUUGAAUUCAGGAAAGGGGUCUGUUACUUGAAAAGACACUGUCCUGACAAUAAACUUCUGAAGACUGACGAGAACUACAAUAGGAACAUUAAAGCAGACCCCUGUCUGAUCAGACCCUCAUCAGUCUCGCCGUCUUCAACGACGACCACUACCGUUUCACCGAGCUUGAAACCACCAUCAAGCGUCAGUUUUGCCAUGUUGACCGUUGCGAAGACAGCAGCACCGCUGGUCGCUCCAACCAAGUCGUCGAAGGUCUUGGACUUGGACGCGUGCCUACGGGAAUGCAUCAAUCUUAGCGCCAAUGUCGGUACCGUCUGCAAGGAAUUAGUGUUUCUCGAAGCACACAAGGGAUGCUAUGUGUAUGACUUCGUGACGCCGCCAUUUGCGCGUCCAAUACCCAAUGGACAAAUACGUUACGUCUUGAAAGGUCCUUGAUAAACGUGACAUAUCGUAUUCAGAUGACAGAAACAUUCUGUGACUAGCAUUAUGACAGGCAACAGAGGCUGUGUCUUAAU